GGGGUGGGGGUUGGGGAUCCAUACCGCAGGGGAACGCGGUUGAAUCACCGAGCGCGCCUCCGUCGGAUCUCCUCUUCCUGCCGUCACACCCACUGCUACGGUGUUGUGGGUUCACCCCGUCGAGAAGGGGAGGACCGACGGCACACACACACACACACACACACACACACAGCAGCAGCAGCAGCAGAGAGUGCUGCAGUGCGAGCGCAGCGGGGGACUCGGAAGCGGAGAGAGGGAGAGAGGGAAAGACAGAGAGAGAGAGAGAGAGAGGGAGGAAAAAAAUACACAUACACACACACACACACACAUCAGCAGCCUUUAUUGCCCGAAACUUGGUCUAUGGAGAGAUCUGCAGCGGCACCGUAGCGACGCAGGCCGACAUGGAAGAGUAUUUGCGGAGGGUCCAGAGCAGACUCGGGGCAGAUGCAUCAGAGGAUCCCAUCCAUGCUGUUUUAGGUGGACCAGAACCAGAUGUUGACACUGUGGCCGCAACACUGUGCUUAGCCCUACACCUCAGCCAGAAGGAAACAUCAGGCAGAGUGUGUCUGCCAGUGUUGUGCGGCCGGCGAUGUAACACUGUGUUGCCCAGAGAGACGGUGAGGUAUCUGCGGAGGGUGAAAAUUAGUGAGGGUUCGCUGCUGUGGAGGGAGGAUGUAGACCUCGUGAAGCUUCAUCACACCAGAAAUCUCUCACUCACACUGCUGAGAGGUGGACUUCUAGAUAGCUCUGAGCACCACACUUUGGAGUCCAGCAUCCUGCGAGUGGUCCAUCACGACGGGCAGCAGGACACAGGGGAUGAUGGGGCAUCGUCCGUGGUGAUGACAGUCGCCAGGGAGAUUCUUCAAGAGGCAGCGGAGCACAUCAGAGCAACGCUGGGGGAGACUCUCGGAGAGGCCUUGCGGCUGCAAAGUGAGACUCUGUGGAUCAAACAUGGCCAUCGGUCAGCACAAGUGGAGGAGCUCAUGAGAUCAUUGGAGCAAUGGAGUGAUGUCACUGCAGGUCAACCUGAUGAGGCAAAGCUACAAUACUUGGAGCAGCUGCUUACAAUAGAGCUGAAGGAGUUUUCCGAUGGAGAGAUGACCAUAGCACUGUCCUCAGCGACCACAGACAAGGAGAACUGGCAUGAUUAUGUGGACGAGCUGAAAUUAUUCAGUCAUCGCCAUGGCCUUGAUGGUCUGGUGGUUCUCUUGUCCAUCAAUGAUACAGUUCAUCAUCCCCGCCAGCAGGUGGCUGUCUACUCAAACAACACAGAUAUCUUAAACCAGAUCUGCUGUGAGUUGGAAGAGUCCUCCAGCUGGUCUCUCUCUGGUGAACUGGAGGCUAGGGAGAAUCUCCAGGUCUACCACAUCCCUAUAAACACCUCCACAUCCUCUGGCACCCCUCCACUGCUGGUGGAAGAAAUCCAGGGCCUCCUCAAGGACUUUGUGGACCGGCGGAGCUCUGUAUUAGCCUGCCAUCCCAGUAGUAGGACCUCUUCCACGGAGGGAGUAGCAGGCAGCGUGGAGUUUUCUCAGGGAUCAUCUGGCAUCAAUGACAUGGAUGGUUCUGACAUAGAGAGGGCAGAGGGAGGCAGUGGAGAUGUGGUGGCAAUAGCACGGGUGAUGGCAGAUGGUGAAGAGGACACGGGAGGUGUAGGAGUCAUUGCCGGUGGGGAGCUAGUGAGCCCUGACAGUGGUAUGACCACCAUCCGCAGCAGCCGCUCCUCCAAGGAGAGUUCAGUGUUCCUUAGUGAUGACAGUCCAGUCGGUGAGGUUAUAACAGGAGGAGGUUCAGCAGCAGGGCCAGGAGGACUCUUCCUGAGAAAUCCCUCUCCCCUGGGAUUGUUAUCUCUUUCCCCUCCUGUCCCACCUGAGAGGAGGAAGCACCGCUCUAGCAGAAAUAGAAGUGACAACUUUGACCUGUUUAGUUUUGACCCACUACAUAGCAGUGACCACUCUUUGCCAGCAGGAGGGGAACUGGCAAGUUCUGAAGUAAAAGGAGAUGAGGAAGAAAGAAGAGCAGGGAGCUCUAACUUAUCUGAUCUUGAAGAGUUGAGCUUGCUGGAUUUCUCUGCUCCCAAUUCACUGGACGGGCUUGAAAGUAGAAAUUCUUCAAUUGACCACCAUGGUCAAAUCCAUGGGAAUGACACUGUGGUUCCUCCAACCCCAGUCAACAGCCUUGUAGGUAGCCGCCCACCCAGCAGCUGCGGGGUCAGAUUCUUCCCAGAGGAUGUAGCUGAAAGGAUCAAUGGCUUGCAGCACAAGGACAGUGUGUCAUCUUCCUUGUCAGAAACCUGGGAUGAACUUUGUUUUGAUACACAAGGAGCAUUGUCGUCAAGUGAGAGUAAUGCCUGGAAUAGGACCAGGGAAUCUGAAAGCCUGCAGAAUAUUGGAGAGGAAGUUGGAGGUAAAGAGUCAGUCAGCAUAAUGACAGAAAGCGAAAGCAAGGAGGAGAUCUUAAAGUCAGAGUAUGCCCAGCAGAGGGCAAAGACCCUUGAACCUCAGCUUAGUCUGGUCACUGAGCAAACUGAAUCGUACGAAAACUGGAACCCAGAUUCUGUGCUGAAGGAUCAGUGGAACCCUGUUACUUUUGCUGAUCUGCAGUUGACCCCACCAGAGGAGGAAGUAACUGGAAAAUGCAAAGCUGGUAUCAUUGGAACUAAAGAAAAAAUACUUACUUUGUCACAAAAGAAAGAAGUCCUAAACACUUUAACGCCAGACACAUCUAAGGAAGAAGAUGAAGGGGUCCAAGGAAAAAAAGACAGACAGAUGGAGCUCCUAGACUUCUGGACAUACUCUGCUCAAAAGGGGUUUCUCAAAUCUGAUAGUGGUACCACCACGUCUUACCCUGAAUCACUAGAUAUGUGGAAUAUGACAAUCCGGGAUGACAGUCUGUCACCUCUCACAACCCCUGACAACUUGUCUGAAAACUCAGGGUCUUUCUCUGGGGUGAACCUGAAUGUUGUGGGUGGCACAUCUGUGCAAAGUCCACAAGGAUUCUCUGAUGGUGGAAUGCAGAUGUGGAACACCACCAUACAGGAAGACAGCUCCUCCACCAUCACAAGCCCCGAAGGACCUGAAAAUGGAAAGGACCUCAGUCACACAGGAUCACUGGAUACCAAUGAUUCUCCAGAGACACGUGCAAGCAAAGAGUCAGAAGAUGUAAAAACUAUAGAGGAGGAGGGUGGUAUGAGUAAAGUAACUAGUCACACGCCGGAAGAAGUGGGGUGGAGAGGUAAUGAACACAAUGUCAAAAUAGUCAUAGAGGCUGCAGAAGGUAGAACACAGGGUGAAGAAACAGGGGAUGAGGACAUACAGACUGUUCAGAGCCAACAGAACUUGGCAUCUGAACAUUCAGAUGAGUUUUCCCCAUCCCAAAGCACUAACAUGUGGGACUUACCUGUCCCUGGCAUGGUCACCUCCACCUCAGAAUAUGACAAUGUAGGAGCUGGUGUGUGGAGCCUGACAUCCUCCCCUGAGACCUAUGCUAGCCCCAUAGUAGACAUGAUACAGCUAGAGGGGCAAUCUAGCCCUUUUAUAGCUGUGACCAAACCUUUUCAGAUAGAUGAGAGGUACGAUCAAUACCAGGCGGCAGAUCCCACAGCAGUCAUUUCAGAUAAAGAACAGUCUGCCACCCAAGUGUUCCUAUUUGAGGGAACGAGUGAGUUGGGUCACAUUACCAGGAGUGGGGGAAGUUCAAUUGAGAGUAAGUACGACAACAAAAGCAGAGCGGGAUCAGAGGAGGCUGACUCAAUAGAGCAACCCAGUGAUUAUUCCCCAUUUCUAAUGGUGGACAGUUCCUCUGUCAUUCAGAAAAUUUCUUCCAUUUAUCAUGUAAGUCCAGAAGAAACUGCUGAGACUCAAAUCCAGACUGACCAAUCACUAUCCCCAAGUCAUGUGAACUGGGAGAGCUCAGAAUCAGCUUCAUUACCACACAAUCUGCCAAUCAAAAUGGACCGCAAAGAAGAUGGGACUGUCACUGAAAGCCAAGGGGAACCUGACAAAGAGAGCAAUGGAAAUGUGGAGGUCAAAAUAAUAGAAACUAUAUCGCUGAGCUCCAGCUCUGGGGGAGAAAGAGACACACUGAAAUAUAGCCCUGACAGCCUUCACCCAGGUAGUCGAGACGAACUCAGUCGAGACGAACUCAAGUCCAAUUCUGAUGGAGAUUCAUCUUCAGGCCUAGAAAUGGAAUACAUUGUUGUGUCUGGCACAGUAAAAGAGGCAGAGACAGAGUGGCGUGAUAGGCCUAAACGGGGUGAUAGGCAAUCAAAAGGAACAAGAAAGUCCAUGGAGACAUUUAGCACGCUUUUCUAUGCUGCCACAGUACUGCAAACCCAGGCCCAAGCUGCACGUAGAGAGCACCGGGAGAACGCAGAACAAAGUAGGGAAAACCAAAGAGAUACAGAGCAAAAUCAGGCAAAUCUGGAUAAUGCCACUGAGCAUCACAUGGUGCAAGAAAUGAGCCCCAGCCAAUCAAAAAAUACCUCAGAAGCUUUUCAUCAGACAGAUUCAAGAUCAACAGAUUACAGUCAAACACAGGUAGAAGAAGGAAAUUAUGACGAUAAAUCAACCAUUGUGGCCAGAAGUGUGUCUCCAUCAUUAAGAUAUCCAUCAGAUCACUUCUUAAAAACCAGAGAGGAAGUUUAUGUCCAUUCACAGAUCUCAAUGGAAGAUUCAGAUGAGGGCGGGCAGUCACCCUCUGCACCUCCACUACCUCCUGCUUCUCUAGGCGAAUUUCAAGUCUGGGGCAGUCAGUUAGUGAGACAGGACACACCUCAAACCACAUCUGAUACACAAUCCCCUGUACUUACCAACAGUUCAGUCUCCCACACCAGCUCUUUGACUGGCACCCCGUUAAGUGAAUCAGGCAUUUCUACUGACAGAGGACUUGGAUUACCAUUUUCUGGAGAUUUAAUGGAAGAGGAGAAUGAUGAGGAAGAGCAGGAGGAGGAAACUGAUACAGAGCAUAUUACCCUGGAUGGAAAAUGGACUUCAGAAGUACAGCGUGAGAGGGAGGAAAGACAACAGUUAAGAUCUUCUGAUCUGCUAAGUUUCACUGAGGAGCUGAGUGGAGGUUCAUCAAUUCAACAAACAGAUUUACAAUCACACAACAGGUUUCCACAGGAUACAGUGGAUUACUAUGAUGGACAACCUUUAAGGACUGUUGAUCAUGAUAACUGGUCAACUGACCAACAGCCUGGGAGCCAUGUAACUUCUCAAGAUAGCUAUUCACUUGUUUUAAGAAGACACCAGGAUGUGACAUCACAGCUGUCAACCCAGCCAACCAGUGAGAAUGCUGUGUAUCAGUGGACAGGAAGUCAGAAUGUAGCUCAGGGUCACACCCAGUAUGGCUACAACUACCACCACAUUGACCAAAGAACUGAAAACCAGAGCACGCACUCAGCCUGCGUGGAUACCAAAUCCAACAGCCAGCAAAACACCACAGAUGUCUAUGCUGAGUUUACAACUGACGCCACAGCUGUACAGUACCGGUCUGAGCAGGCUGAGAGCUAUUAUGAAGCUGGAGUUAAUGCUGAGUACAGCUUGGAGGAUCCGGGUUCCAAGUGUCAGUACGUAACUGAAAGGCAGUAUGGAGAUGAAUCCAACUCCAUGUGUGCUUCUGACCUUCAGUAUUCUCAGUAUCAAGCCGAUGGCCAGUGUCAGUAUGAGACAGACCAUGCUCAUUACCAGUUUGACGGACAGCCACUCUACCAAUCAGAUAGCCACCCUGAGAGGGAAGAUCAUGCACGGUAUGUGCCAGAGGGAUAUGUUCACUUUCUCCUGUCAAGACACUCCCAACAGAGGGACAGUGCAGCAGGGAUGAUGAUGAAGAUGGCCUCGAGUGAGGAAGCUGCUGAAGAGAUGGAUAACAGAGAAGACCCACCGUCCUCGGCGGAUAUAUCAGGCAGCUCUAAUCAAAGGAGAAAGUUGACAGCUCCACCAAUGAACGUAUCACUGGACCGCAGUGAGGGGUCUCUUCUCUCUGAAGAUGCUCUGGACACAGAGGACGAGGCCUUGGAUACUGGGGAUGACCUGGAUGUCAACAUUGAUGAGCUGGACACACCUGAUGAGGCUGACUCACUUGAGUUCAACAGGCACGAGGACUCGGAAGAGUCUGAUCUGGGUGCAGGAGCAACUUCAAGCGAUGCCGUGGCAGGACACAGAUCAGCUGGAGAGAGCAGGGAUAGCAGACUGUGGAGGAGCGUGGUGAUUGGAGAGCAGGAGCAUCGCAUUGAUAUGAAGUCCAUUGAGCCAUACAAAAGAGUCAUUUCUCAUGGAGGUUAUUACGCUGAGCAGAAUGCCAUCAUUGUGUUUGCAGCAUGUUUCCUACCGGACAGCGACUGUGACAAUUAUAAUUAUGUGAUGGAAAACCUUUUUCUGUAUGUAAUAAGCACCUUGGAGCUAAUGGUGGCAGAAGAUUACAUGAUUGUUUACCUGAAUGGUGCCACACCUCGCAGGAGGAUGCCUGGUUUUAGUUGGAUGAAAAAGUGCUACCAAAUGAUAGACAGAAGACUGAAGAAAAACCUUAAGAUGUUCAUCAUUGUCCAUCCGUCCUGGUUUAUAAGGACUUUGCUGGGAAUAACCAGACCCUUCAUAAGCUCCAAGUUCAGCAGUAAGAUCAAGUAUGUGAAUAGUCUGAAGGAGCUCGGAGAAAUCAUCCCAAUGGAGUAUGUCCACAUUCCACCCAGCAUCGUCAAGUAUGACGAGGAGAGGGGUAUACAAAGACUUGCAUGCAUGAGACUGGAUACCGAUUUGCAGGACACAGCAGCUAAAGCCGACAAGAAGGGGAACUCAGCUGUUUGACAAUUGCAAGACACCUGGCUCCUGCCUAUCUUCUCCCUGCAAUAUGCUGUAUUCUACCACAGCACAUCUGAAUAUAAGCAAGCCUGCAGCAUGAUGUGUACAGCACUAGCGAUGGGUUAGAAAGGAAGAUGCUGUGGUACAAAACAUCAGGCAGUUGCUUGUUCAGCGAGGGAAAUACUAAUCUGAGGGUGCUGAACAUAAUACUGUAUUCACAGUGCAGAGACUGUCACUGUGCUGAAGGGAAGAUGCUUUAUCCUGUACUACUGUACGAUACACAGCAUUUGAUUGUGUUCCCCUCUUAGUAGCUUUUAUUUUCUUCAACCUCAUCUUUAAUUUGAACAAUGUGUUCUUCUAUUAUUUCUUUCUUUCACUUUGGAGGAAUUACUAACUGGCUUUGUUACAUUCAUGUAUUAAUCUACCCUGUCAGUUGCUAGCUGUGCCUUUUGUGACACAUGGUAAUAUUAAGUGUGGAUUCUCUGAAGCCAUAGCAAGGCCAUUCCCAAAUACAUGCAAACAGAAGUUGUAUUACUGCCCAUCUGCUCACAAAUACACACUUGUGUUCCCUGGACAGUUGGGAUGUUACUGUGCUGUAGCUCUGUCAGUAAUGUAUAAUGACUAUAAUGUUAUGGAAUACUCUGUUUAGACUCUAAUUUUAGAUAGUCAAGGUUUACAAAAACAUGAUCCACAUGUGAAAAAAUCUUAAUACUAUUCAAGUCUGCAGUUUGUAAUGGCAUGAAACAGAAUGAUCUGUUUGUUUGAGUAGUUUACAAUGGUGUUGGCUCCUGUCACAGGGUUUUUACAUUCUGUCACCAUCUCAACCAACACUUCAUGCAAUCUUAAAAAGGCUACGAGUAGGCUCUUCUAUUAACGUUGUAUAUCACUGUGAAAAUACUUGAGACAUCAUAUCAUAAAGGUAGCAAAGCAGCAGUUAUCAGUAGCUGCAGUAAUGUGUUGCAUGCUUUCAGUUCAGAUUACUCUGAUCUUAUUACUCACCCAAAUACUGUGUACCAGUGUAAUUUUAGUUUUGGUUUAUGCGGGUUUUGUGUGUGUGUGUGUGUGUGUGUGCGUGUGUGCGUGCGUGCGCAAGAAAGAGAGGGAAAAUUGUUGGGGAGUGAUGAGGAAAAACUGUGUUUUCACUGAUGGUUAGACAGGUACAAUAUAAAGAGUGCCUACUGUGCAGGUUUGGGUGUGCCUCUGUUUCUCUGUUUAUUUGCUUUUUAUUAUAUUUAUAUACAUUUGUUUGUGGCUUGCAAGAUAUUCAUUUGUUGUAGAAUAUGUAAAAUGUUUUACUUCAUUAAAGACGUGUUCCUCCUCUCAA